CCGGGACCGGCGGGAGGGAGCUGUUUUCACCCGAAGCGUGCGCAACACCCCUGCGAUUUCGUUUCUGCAAGCGGAGUCAUCCUGCAACCGCCGGGCCGGGCCGGGCCGCCUCGCUAUCACGGCUCGUUUCCCAUUUCCAGACACUGCACUUCCUCUGGGUUUUCUUGCUCCGGGGGCCGAGCGCGCCCGGCCGCGGCGGCGGGGAGGCAGCGGGUGCUCGUGGGGUGGCCGGUCCCCGCGUCUCACCCGGCUCCGGCGCCGUCUCCCGCAGGACCGAUGGCCGCGCGCGGGGCCGCGCUGCUGCUGCUGCCGCUGCUGCUGCUGCCGGGCGCGCGGGGGCUGCGGGCAACAGCGACGGAGGAAGAGGAGGGCAACGAGCUGCCGCCGCUCUCCCGCUGGAGGAGGGAUGUCGGCGAGUGGCCGUCCAACGCCACGGCCGGGUACCCCGGCACCGCCGCCACCGCCGGAGGAGGGGGCAAUUCCUCGGAGCCGGCCUGGCUGCCCGGCUCGGCGGCGCCCGGCACCGACGGCAGCCUGCAGCACGCGCUGGCAGCCCCGACCGCAGCCGAGCCCCUGGACGAAGCCGAUCCCGACCCGCUGCCCAGCUCCGGAGCACCCGGCACCAACAGCAGCCUCCCGCCUGCGGUCACUGCGCCGGCCACGACGGAGCCCCCGGAUGAAACCGAUCCCGUCGAUCCCGACCUGCUUCCCGGCUCCGCAGCGCCCGGCACCAACGCCACGCUCCCGCGGGCAUUUGCAGUCCCGACCACGACGGAGCCCCCGGAUGAAACCGGCCCUCCCGAUCCCGACCUGCUUCCCGGCUCCGCAGCGCCCGGCACCAACGCCACCCUCCCGCGGGCAUUUGCAGUCCCGACCACGACGGAGCCCCCGGAUGAAACCGACCCCCCCGAUCCCGACCUGCUGCCCAGCUCGACAGCGAUGCCCGGGAACAGCACGGAGCAGCCGGCGGCGGCGGAUACGAGCAGCGGCGGGCGGCCGGAGCGCUCGUCCCCCGCGCCGACGCGACCCGGGCAGCGGGACACGGCGCAGGCGGGCGAGACGCCCGGGGAGGGAGCCGUCGGCGUCCUCAUGGGCAAGUGCCUGCUGGCCAUCUUCCUCCUGGCGCUGGUGGCCGCAGCCUUCAUCGUCUGCACGGCGGUGCUGGGAGCCCUGCUGUGGCGGCGGCAGCGGGCGGGCGGCCGCCGGCCCAGCCGCACCGAGCUGGUGUGCAUCUCCUCGCUGCUGCCCGACGGCGAGCCCGCCGCCAACGGCGCCCGGCCCGGCCCCGCCAAGCGGCCCAAGCUGCUGCCCGAGCCCGGCUCCGAGGCGGAGGGCGACGACCUGACGCUGAGCAGCUUCCUGCCCGACCACCCCUGAGCGGCGACGGCCGCCCCGACGCGGAUGCUGCCGCCCCGGCGGGUUGGGUUGGACUUGGAGCAACGCGCGCGGGAAAAGCGGCUUUCCCUGCAAGCGGUCGCGGCUCGCUGCUCCCUUGCAGGCCCGAGCACCAUUAAAGCGCCCGUUUUCUGUA